AUGCCCAAAAGCUGCAGCUCCCUGGGGACAUCCCAGUGGUGCAAGAACAGAGGCCAGCACCGCCCUCCCCCUGCNGAGGAAGAAUGUAGAAAUUUUGAGCAUGGCUUUAGGGUCCAUGGGAAAAACUUUCACCUUAUCCAAGCCAACAAGGUCCGCACGCGGUCGGUGGGCGAGUGCGUGGAGUAUUAUUACAUGUGGAAAAAAUCAGAACGUUAUGACUACUUCACUCAGCAGACUCGUCUAGGAAGGAAGAAGUACGUCCUCCACCCUGGAGCCACGGAUUUCACUGACAAUGACCUGGAUGCGGUUGAAUUGGAAAACACAAAUCGUUCUCGGAGCUCCCCACCAAUUCCCUCUGCAGCUGGCUGCCUGGAUGCUCACUUUGGGCAGGAUCAGAUAGCAAUUGAGAGCACAGAGCCCCUGAGCGUGGAGAGCACAGCCUGCAGCCUGGGCAGCAUCAGUGAGUCAGGGCAGGGCUAUGAGUGCAGCACCCCCUCGGAGACAAACUGCUCCUUUGACCCCUCAGAGGAGGCACCCUCGGGGGCUGUCCCUGUGCCCUGCCCACGUCACUCUGUCACCCCCUCCGAGCCCGAGCUCUUUGCUUUGCCACCCGCGGCACCAGGACUGGCAGAGAAGCAGGAAACGUUGCAGAACUCUGGUGAGACAAUAACCAUGGACUUCACUCUCCCUGCAGACAUUAAUGAGGGGUUGCCUUUAAUUGCUGGAGCUGUGGAUUUGGACAGAGACCCUGAGGCAGUGGUGGCCCCUGCUCAAGUGUCCUUAUCGGUCACAGAUUUCGGUCUCAUCGGCAUCGGAGAUGUAAAUACUUUCCUGACUGGUCACCAGGCUUGCCCAGCACCUGUGGCUCACUCAGAGCCUCUGUCACAGUGAAAGUCUCCAGUCACAAAUUUGUCACAGACCCAGCAAGGACUUUGACCUGACUGAGUGAAAUUCUGGAACUUCCACUGUCCUGUAGGGACAGUUUGGAGCUGUCGGUCGGAAUCCGUCUUUCCAUCCUCCUUGAUCCAAGGCUACAGUGAAACCAAACACCUUUCUGCUCCAGUGUAUCCUGACACAGUUGUGCAAAGUGGUGGCUGGCUUUCCUGAGUGGGGAGGUCCCUCACCCCCCUCCUGUGCUGGCCAUGUGUCACCCUGGGUGAUGCCAGUCUGCUCAGACAGUCCCUGCCUCGGGAUGGGGACGUGUCCCUUGGCCCCAGCGGGACAGUCUGAGGUGCUUUGAGAAGAGAGAUGUGUCACCAUCAUGGUGAGGGUGCAGGCUGGGGGUCUGAGAGCCUGGGAGGGCUGCAGGGCAGUUUCCUGCAGAGAUGGGCACGGUGAUGCCAAGGGAGGCUGAUCCUUCCUCCAUGGGCAGCGUGCUGCAGUAGGAGCCACUCACCCUGUCCUCCUCCCAGCUGCCAUGGACAGGACAGACACACAGCUGCUGAUGGAUGGAAACACUGCUGUGAGCAGUGAGCAAGGGGGUCAUGCUGCUGACAAGUGCUUUGGAUAUGCUGGAGGUGGGUAAAUGAUCUAGGACAUCUCCCAUCACCUGUGCACAGCCCCUGGGACCACAGCAGGCUCAGGGAAGGGGUGGCCUGGCUGGCAGUGUCACCUUGAGUCCUGCCUGGGACACUAUCCCAGGCUUUAGAGUGGAAUGGGACAAGCUGGGCUUUAAGGACCGUGACAGCAGCUGGGCUCUCAUGCCAGGAGCUCUGGCAGCAGCCACGUGUUGACUCUCCACCAGCUGUAGGUGGGACAUGGCCUGGCCCAGCCCUUGGGCAGAAAUGUCAGGUUUUGGAAGGGGCUGGCAGCACCCACGUGUUCUGACUCUCCAGCAGCUGCAGUGGGACAUGGUCUGGCCCAGUCUUUGGGCAGAAAUGUCAGGUUUUGGAAGGUGAUGCUGUGUGUGCAGCAGCAUCAUGUGCGCUCAAUUCCUUCUCACCUCUCUGUGCAGUGCUGGGCCAGGGAGAAUUUCUGUGGGGAGGAACAGGAGGUUCUGGACUCAGAGUGAUGCUGGCCAAGAGUUAUGCUGCUGCUGCUGGCAGGAGAUGACCUGAUCUUGUCUGGGCUGAAGGGCCAGAGGGUGGAAUGCAGGUGACAACAUCUGUAACUUCCCCGUUUGUUCCAACAGUUUGUCAGCAGAGGGAGGAGGUUGCUCAGCUCCCAGGGUGUCUGGGAUGUGGGUGCUAGCACAGUCCCACAGCAUCCCUGUGCCACAAAACAGGCUGUGCUGAGAGGAACGUGUGUCUUCUCUGCCAUGGAAGGUGCCAGGUGCUGUGCAGAGCCACAGGAGCCUGUCCUUGGCUGUGCUGGAGUCCAAAGCUGCUUCAGUUUGCAGGUGUGGAGUUGGCCAUGGCUCAGUUGUUCCCAUUCCCCUUUUCCCAUGCAGGGAAUUCUCUGCACUCACCUGCUGGGCAAAGCUCCCACAAGAGCUGUGUUUCCUCCAGCUGUGCUCUGCAGCUGGGAAGGAGCUUGGGUUGAGUGUUUUGGUGGAUUUGGGGCUGUGAUUGUGCACUUGGCUCUGCUGCAGUGCAUUUGGCAGGUACCUAAACCCAGGAGGCUGCACCCUCCUUUCCCUGGCUCUGGGAAGCUGUGCCCAGCCCUGCAGCAGGAGCAGGGAGACAGCAUCAAAAGCCCCAUGGGAUGUCAGGAUUGGAGCUUGUCUCACCUCCUAAGGCCCAGAUGUGGUUUGUGUGCUUUGGCAGGGGUUUGCUUUGGUGCCCAGCUCUGUGCUGAGCCCCAGGCAUGGCGUUGGCAGCCAGAGGUGCUGAGCAGGGGCCUCCCCCUCUCCUCUGCUGGGAACAGAGAGCAAACACGAGUGCCUGCUCCACAGUGGAACUGCCCAGGCUGUGAUUCCCCUUUCCUGGGGGUGACAGGAGGCUCCUUGGCUGGAGGGAGAAGAGGAGGCAGGGUGAGAGUCAGGCAGCCCUCCCACGGAGGGCCAGGCCUUGGCAUCUCCUCCAUAGGCUGAGAACAUUCUUACUUUUCCUGAAACCAUUUUUUCUUUUGGUUUAUUUCAAGCCCUAGUGAAAGGAGAGGGGAGCUGGCUGAGGCAGAAAUCUCUCGAUGUCCUUCAGUGUUGUUUACAGAUUUGCAUGGGGUCUUUCAACAUGAGUGCAGCGCUUUUUCCACAUAACUUUGAGGGAGAGGGGUGAGAAAGGCUGGGACAGGGAGGGGGUUUGGUUCUGGUUGGUUUUUUUUUUUUUUUUUUUUUGGUUGGGGUUUUCUUUUCUCCUUCUUACAAAGCACAUUCACUUUGAGCCGCUCCCAAUGCUGGACUCUUUUCUCCCUUGCCCCCCAGCCCUACACUGUGAAGUGACACUGCCUUGAAGACCCCUCGCCGUUAUUUAUUUAAUUAAAAACCUAAUUUGAAAGUGA